CUGUUUUAUCUGUUUUUAGAUCACUGUGACAUCAUAAUCAUCUUCCUAUCUAGUAGGUCAAGGUUCACCAUGCAGUUUAAAUAUCUUUGUUUUAUCAUAAUUUGUUUUAUCAACAUUAUAAAUGCAUUCGACCCGUAUGCUAUUCUAAAUGUUGGAAAAUCCGCUAAACUUUCCGAGAUUCGAAAAUCUUACAAACAAUUGGUUAAGGAAUGGCAUCCAGAUAAAAAUAGCUCGCCAAAUGCUCAAGAAAAGUUUAUAGAAGUACAGCAAGCAUAUGAGAUUCUCUCAAAUGAAGAGAAGCGCCAACAAUUUGACGAACACGGCCACACGAACGAGGCCACACAACAAUGGACGCAACCAAGAAACACGAGGUUCAGUGAUUUCUUUAGGGAAGAUUUCUAUUUCAAUUUUGAGCAAGACGGCAGCUCCACAAGAUCUAUAUCAACUUAUCAAUUCUAUCACAAAGUAUUACCCGAUAGCGACCAUACACCUCAAAUUAUUUACGUUUAUUCCACUUUCUGUGGCCAGUGUAUUGUUAUAUUGAGAAGCUCGUGGGAAAAAGCUGCAGUUGACCUCGAAAAACUAGGGCUUGGUGUUGGAACAAUAGACACAACAUUCACCACUAGAGUAGCAGCAUCAUUAGGUGUAUCGAGGAUACCGACCACAGUUGUUAUAUAUAAUGGCAGAUACGCUUAUUAUAAGGGAAUCAUAUCGUACCAGAACCUUAAAAACUUUGUCAAGGACCAAUUGCCAAGCCAUCUUGUUAAAACUCUAACCCCUGAAAAUGUUGAUCAAUUUCUUGGUGGAGUCAAGCAAGAUGAUCGGCCGAGGGCUGUUCUAUUCACCUCCCAACCCUCCCCAACAUUGCUAUACACCUUGAUGGCUCUUAAGCAUCAGAAGUAUAUUGAGUUUGGUUUUGUUUCAUUCUCUCCCACCACGAAAACAAUCGCCGAUAGAUUUGGGGUGAAAGGUCAAGGGCCUACACUUCUUAUUUUCAAAGAAAAUCAAACAAAGCCUUCUGUUAUGUUACAAUCGUCGGAAAUGCCCCGGGGAGCCGUAAAUGAAAUUUUGUCGAGUCAUCAUUUCAUGACAAUACCAAGAGUGACAUCACAAUCGAUAUUUGACGAGUUAUGUCCGCCACCUAGCGGCCAAUCUUUCCAUAUUCACAUCUGUGCCAUAUAUUGCACCGGAGCAAAUCCCGGAAAAUCCGACAAAAUUCUUGAAAAUCUUCGUCGCUUGGUAACGGUUGCCAUGGAAACGGAGGAUCAACUUUCUGAUUGGUUAAAGUUCGUUUACGUUCUUUCCGAUAAACAACCGACGUUCGUUCGAUCACUAAGUGGCGCUGAUGAGGUGCCGGAAGAACCUGAGAUCUACCUUACAUGGCGACGGUCGUCACGACGCGGCUACACCACCACGACAUCAGCAAAACACUGGGAUGACUUAGCAGAUCUUAAGUUCCAGAAGUUACUAACAUUAUCGAUACGAACAGCACACCAACGACAGUUUGAACGAGAAGUUACGUUCGCUCAUGUGAAGGAUGAACUUGCACCGUUUAUCCUUGUGCGAAUAUUCCAAUCUUCAUAUGAAUCUGUAGUUGAUUGUAUCAAAGUAGUUGCACGACUUAGUGAACAAGAAUUCAUGUUAAUGAUGAUCUCAACCAUCUUCUGUGGGAUCAUGCUCUACUCACUUUGUUUCAACAAUGGGAAACCCCCUCCUCGAAGCCAACCAACCACCAAAUACUCACAAGAUGUCAGUAGCGAGCCAGGAGAGGAAGAAAGUUAUUCUUGCGAGGAAAAUUCUGACGAUGAUGUUGAAAGUGAAGAAAGGUAAAAUAGAUAUCUUAUAUAUGUCAAAACAUA